AUUACCCACAAAAAAGGUCACGAGUUCCUCAAAACCUCUUUUUUGUCAGCACAAAAACCCUUUAUACUUCCCCCAUUCAAUUUUCUUCAAUUUUUUUUUUUAGCUUUCAGUAAUGGAAAUAGUAACAAAGAAAGAGAGUGGUAGUAGUAGUAAUAGUAAAGCAAUCCCAGAUUCAGUAAUGGAAGCAGUGAAAAGAACCUCAAAAAACAUUGAUGAUUUAAGUAAUAAUUUAGAUGAAUUCUUGUCUCUUUAUGGUGCUGAUGUUUUCCCUGAACUGGGUCCUCUUCAACAGGCUGAAUCUUUGCUUUUAUUAGCUAAAGCCACAACAACUCUGUUUGCAUUGAGGCUUAGAUGUAAAGGGGUGAAUCCAGAUGAACAUCCUGUCAAAUUAGAGUUUGAACGUCUGAGCUUGUACCAAGAGAAACUGCAGUACUUGAUGGACCUGAAUAAAGCGCCAUUGCGACCAUCAGCUACGAUAAAUCCGCAAGCUGCAACACGAUUUAUCGAGCAUUCGUUGCCUGAUCUCACACCUGAGCAGAGGAGAAGCAUGCGAGAAAUCAGUAAAGGUGAGGGGACUAGGAUUAAGUAUGUUGAAAGAAUUGCUCAUAAGAAGAGGAAGUAUCCUGAGCAGCGAUCUGUUCGAACCGCUGCCCAAGAGUUUCUUGAGAAAGCAUCCCGUGAGCUUCUUGGUGAGAACCAAAGUGGUUUUAAGGGACCUUUACAACUGCCUGAGGGUGAUGGUGAAGAUCUACCUAUGAGCUGAUUUUCUGAAAUUCUCUUUUGCUGACGAAGCAAUGCGAGGUGCAUACCAGAUUGAUUGUUGAUGAGCUCUUCAAGCAUCUCCUUCGAUUUCCAGCCUAUGAAGAAGAUGCUCAGAUUGUUCACAAGCUUUGCCAGCAAAUUUCUACUUUUACCCCUGAACGUUGAUGCAAGUUAAAUUUUGAUUAUGAAGAAUAUAGUGUAUUUUCAUGUUCAGUUAUGAAUCCAAAGUUGCUCCUUGUUUUGCUGUAAAGUUUGUUUGUUGUAAGAGAAUAAACAGGUUAGGAAAGGAACAAUUAGCUGGCAGUUUUAUGUACAAUAGUGUUGCAUGGAUCCUUUUGCAUUAGGAGCAAUGAAGCUAGUGUCUUUAUUUUUUCACUUGUUAUGAGGAUGGUGAAGAAGAUUGUAUGGUUAGGGUAGAAGAAAAGCAAGCUUAUUUCAGAUCCAGAUUUAGUACAGAAAAGGGUCAGAUUGCUCGUUUA